GCGCGUAGAAAUCAUCAUGGCGGCUCCGCCGCCUCGCGUUUUGCGACGCAAACAAGAAAAAACGAGGCGUAUUCUGCGGCCGCACCGAGCCGGUCGGGUGUCGGCGUACUACACCUCAAGGAUACGUAUCCCGUGCCACAUUACGACGACACUUCGAGAAGGUCUGCGACGCGACGGAGAUCGACGUUUCACGCUCGUCACGCCACUGAGCCAGCGAGUGUAGCGAGUGUGGUGCCUACUACUUGCGGCGCCUAGAAGCACGUGGCAUCGACUGCGCUCUACUGUGGGUCCUUGGCUCGCGUUGUGUGUGAACGUGCGUUUUUUCGUCGUCCUCGCCUCGCAAAACAGCCGGGCAUUCCAUUUACCACCGGGCCGGUGUCCAGUGGCUUGGGUUUCCCACCCUAGCCAUGGAGCCGGCGGCAGCCGCGGCCGCAGCAGCUCCGGCUGCUUCUGCUGCCAGCGGUGGAGGCAGCGGCGGAGCGGCCUCGACCGAUUCCAUUCGCACUCUGGACUCUGUGUCCGAGCUCUUCCGGCUGCUGGAGCAGUGGGAGUCCCAGAAUGGCACCGGGGCCGACCCCAUUCCUGUACUUACAAGCAUCGCGGAGCUCGUCGAAAAGGAGACUGAGGCGUACCUCAAGAUGGACCCAGACCCUUUCGACGAUCGACAUCCAAGCCGCGCCCACCCUGACUGCACCCUAGGCCACCUACUCAAGGCACUCUUCAAGAAUGAUGAAUUCAUGAACAGGUUGGUCAACCACUACGUGCUGAGCCGCGAGGGUGGCAACCUGAGCACCAUAGCCUGCCGUCUCCUCUUGGACAUCCUGCCAGGACUGGAAACGUCUGUCGUCUUUCAGGACACGGAAGGUCUGGUGAGCAGACUUCUCCAAUGGGCUGAGUCGGAGAGCACACCUCCGAUGCUGCAUGCGUAUGCCACGGGCCUGCUGGCGGCUGCCAUGGAGGUGCAGGACAUUGCGGCCAACUAUCGGGAGGCCAACGCCCGCCUCGUGCCCGCCAUGCUGCGACGACUGUGGGAGCUUGCACAGGUGACUCCCGAAGAGGUCACGUGCCGACCGCCGGAGCGACCUUUCUCGCACCUCAACGGCGCGGCCACUGAUGGGCCCCUGUCCACGCCUCAGCAGGUGUCAUCGUCGUUGCAGCAACAGGGGUCUGCCCACAAGAGCCCCUCGGAGACGCCUCUCAUCAGCGAGUGCUCGAACAGCAGCUGGGCCGAACUGGAACCGCUCAUGAUCGGCUCGAACCAGGUGUUUCCCCUGACGGUGGAGAUGCAGCAGCGGCUCAUCCUGCAGUACCUGACCCCACUGGGAGAAUACCAGGAGCUGUUGGGUGCCGUGCUGGAGGCCAAGACUCUCCACUUGCUGCUGCACUAUGCAAACCUCAAGGAGAACAGAGACGUCCGGCUGGCCUUCGAGGCGCUCAAGUACUUGGCAGCUUUGUUGUGCCACAAGAAGUUUGCCCUGGAGUUCAUCGCCGUGGGUGGCCUGCAGCGUCUGCUGGAGGUGCACCGGCCGUCAGUGGCCGCAACGGGUGUUUCCAUCUGCCUCUACUAUCUGGCCUACUCUGAGGAUGCCAUGGAAAGGGUUUGCAUGCUACCCCAGUCCGUCCUGGCCGACUUAGUUGCGUAUGCACUGUGGCUGCUGGAACGGUCUCAUGACUCUAGCCGUUGCCACGCAACCAUGUUCUUUGGCCUGGCGUUCCCCUUCCGUUCGCUGCUGGAGCUCUUUGACCAGCAGGACGGGCUCCGCAAGCUCCUCAACGUUAUGAGCACACUGGACGUCUUCGUACGCGGUAGCAACAGUGACUCGGCGACCCCAUCGGAUGACCAAGUGUUUGCCAGCCGUCAGACAGCGCGGCACGUCUGUGUGGCCCUCAAGCGUUACUUUGAAGCGCACCUGGCGCACAAGGCGGACCACCUGCGGAGGUCCCACACCCGCAACGCCACUGCCACUAGCAGCAGCACCAGCAUUACCAGUGCAACCUCGUCAUCCCCUCCGCCAUCUCAAUCUGCCUCGGCGACGACUCCAUCUGCUUCGAGGAGCCUGGAGCCGUGGUCGUCAUCUGGCACCAACACUGUCACGGCAUCAUCGACAGCAGCGUCUGCAGUGGUGUCGACGGUGGUCGGCCACCGGUGCCGGGCGGCACGCUUCACGGGCGAGGCGGUGUCGGAGAACAUGUGGACGCUGCUGGAGCUCCUUCCUGCACGUGCGCGCUGGUUGCCUGUUGAAGAACUGGUGCGGCUGGGUGGGGUGUCGCUGCUUCUGCAGACGGUGGCGCUCGCAUACGACUGGAACCACUCGGGCAAAGCGGACACUGUGCGCGCUGCCCUCGACGUUCUCGCUGUCUGCUCGGUGGUGCCGCGAGCGCAGAUUGCUCUGUGCCAAAACGUGGCCCUGCCCUCGGGCCAGGUCCGCUCGGCUGCCGGCAUGAGCGUCAUUCUGGCUGCAGCCGAUGGGGAGAUCGUGGCUGACCCUGACGUCCAGAGGUCGGCCCUCAACGUUGUGAUCAACUGCGUCUGUGGACCGAUGUCGAGGUUGGGAGGCAGCAUCGGCCGAGUUGUGUCGGGCAGCGUGCGAAAGCGGGCAGCGAUCAAGAGCGGUGAGGACCUGCUGAGCAAGAUGUGGAACUGCGUACGGGCCAACAACGGCAUCAUGGUGUUGCUGAAUCUGUUGACUGUGAAGAGCCCCAUCACCGAUGCAGAUUCGAUGCGUGCCCUUGCUUGCAAAGCACUGUGUGGCUUGGCACGUUGCAGCACGGUGAAGCAAAUCAUCAGUAAAUUGCCCCUUUUCACCAGUGGCCAGCUUCAAGUGCUUAUGCGAGAGCCUGUUCUUCAGGACAAGCGGCAGGAACAUGCCAAGUUCUGCACCUCCUGCAUUGAACUGGUGGAAAGGGUGACCGGAGCACCCCUGAGCCCUGGGAUGGAAUCCUCGCUUGCCAAGAUCAACAAGUCUGAAGUGGUGGCGCAGACAAAGAUCAGCUACCGUGAGAAAGACCUCUUGCAGCUAAUAUACCAACACCUCCAGGCCAAAGGUUUGACAGACACUGCAGCCUUGUUGCAAAAAGAGGCAGGACUACCUGCACGGCCCCUGUGUGGUAGCUCAGCACAACCCCAGUGGUCAGCCAACACCGUCUGCACCCCACGAACUGUCCGGCCAUUACGGUCAGGGUCACUGGGUUCAGCCUCCCUGACGCCCAACUCUUCUGCGGAGAAGAUUCCUUCGGUGCCUUGCCUGAACAGGAAUGGUGCCGUGACACCCAUCCGCACAGACUCUAACAUCGUCGCAAGGCAGCUGCAGAACCAUGCAGCGACACCGACUGGCUCGCCGUCCAUGCCAGCACUGCAGAAGCGCAGCGGCACGUACCAGGCAUCGCCCGUGCUCAAGCGGCUGUCGUACACCUCGACAGGCUCCACCAUGCCCACCUCGCACCCACCACACUCGCUGUCACUGGACACGAUCGUCAAGGAGUACCUCCGCAACCAGCACGCACUAUGCAAGAACCCUGUGGUGGCCUGCCCACCCUUCGAGCUGUUUGUGCCACACCGGUGUCCAGAGCCUCAGUACCGUAAUGCUGCACCCGUGAGUAUGGCAGCCAGGCUGCAGCGCUGCCAGGUGUUUCCCCCGGCCGGUGGAUUGGACGGCGCCAAGCUUCACCGAAAGUUUGUCUACAGCCGGUUUCGUUCGGUGCGAACUUUCCGAGACCCCGAUGGCACAAGCAGCUACUCUUGCUGUGCGUUCUCGGCUGGCUCUCAGUAUCUUUUCCUUGGCACCUUGGUUGGAGAACUGCACGUCUACAAUCUCUACACACUCUGGCGACGAUGAUGAUGCAGAAGACAUGGAUGCCGACGAGCACGAUAACGACGAUGAUGACGACGACGGUGACGAUGUGGCAUUCAGUCUCUCGGACGUGAGCGAGGAUGGAUCCGAUGAUUCGGACGAUUCGGACGAAGACCAGCGGACGAGGUGAUGAAGCAGCGAAGGUGUGCGAAGGUGGCUUGCCGUGGAUGGGUGGAGCAAUGGCGGCGUGGCGGCGAAUAAAUUUCAUUAUAGCCCGCACAUCGUUUUUAUGUCGGGCAUCAAAUGGACUGAAGGAAAAACUGCGUGCUUGUGUUCCUUGCGCACGAAACGAAACUCGAGUUCACGGCGUGCCUCUUCACUUGUCACGGAACACACGGAAAUACUUGUUCUCGAAAGUGAUUAAAUCGUCUUUUUU